AUGGGUUUCAGUAUCCGGAAAGAAUAUGGACAUCGGAGCAAGUCAGACAAGUCAAUAAUAACUUCGAGGUUUGUUUGUAGUAAACAAGGAUUGAAGAAAAUUGACUUACAAGUGUCAAAACCAAAAAAUCCUCGAGCAGAAACAAGAACCAAUUGUCCUGCUCAGAUGGGAAUUAAAAUAAUGGUUAAUGGACAAUAUUGGUGUCAUGAUUUUAUUGAAGAACAUAAUCAUGAUCUUCACACUCUGGCUACCUCGUACAUGAUGUUGUCACAAAGGAAAAUUUCAGAGAUACAUGCUUUUAGGAUUGAUUUGACAAAUGAUUCAGGUCUUAGACCCAAGGCGAUAUUUGAUUGCAUGGGUAGGCAGGUAGGUGGUAUAGAAAACCUUGGGCACACCAAACAAGACCAAAAGAAUUAUCUCCGGACCAAAUGGCAACGAGAAUUAGUUUAUUACAAAGUGGCGAAUUUGUUAAGGUACUUUGAGAAACAAACCAGGGCAAAUUCUUCUUUCGCAUACUCAUUGCAGUUGGAUAGCGGUGAAAAGAUUGCAAAUAUAUUUUGGGCUAAUCCAAGGAUGAUUAUAGACUAUGCAUUGUUUGGUGAUGUGAUUACGUUUGACACUAUAUUUGACACCAACAAAGAAUACAGGCCAUUUGGUGUGUUUGCUGGAUUCAAUCAUCAUAGGAGAGUUUACAAUGAUGAAGUGGAAUUUGAAAAGGCAUGGGAGAAGUUGCGUAUUGAUUAUGAAGUGGCUGAUGGUUCAUGUUGUAGAAAAUUUGAGACGUAUGACAUUCUAUGUUGCCACGCUAUCAAAAUUUUAGAUAGACUAGAUAUCAAGAUGAUUCCUGAAUCAUAUGUUUUGAGGAGAUGGACUAGGACAUCGAGAAAUAUUGAGAUGAAAGACAAUGAAGAGAAAAUAGUUGAGGAAGAUGUUCUUCUGGAUUAUACACAACGCUAUAGUGUUCUUAGCCCUUUAUGUGUUAAAUUAGUUUCGCAAGCAUCGACUUCAGAUGAGGGAUACACUUUGGCUCACAAAAAUGCCCAUGAGUUGAGUAAACAACUUCAAAAUCUUCAGUGCAAUGAGGAGAAUCUAGAUGAAAGUGGUGAGAGUCACAUUGUGCAAUUAGAGAACAAAUGA